GCGUUUGAAGCGGUGGGAGAUCGAUCUUCCCCUAUUUCAUCUCUGCUCCUCCUCCUCCUCCUCCUCUUACGUAACCCUAACGAAGUCGGAGUUUCGCCAUUGAAAUCGACGGAGAAAGAGGCUGGUGAUUACUAGAUAGAUAGAAAGAGAGAGAAGAAGGGAGCAAUGGAUUUGGAUGAAUGGAUUGCGAAGGUUAAGGAGGGUCAGCAUCUCUCCGAGGAAGAGCUUCAGCUUCUCUGCGAAUACGUGAAAGAGAUUCUGAUUGAGGAGUCAAACGUGCAGCCUGUCAACAGUCCAGUCACCGUCUGUGGUGAUAUCCAUGGCCAGUUUCAUGAUCUCAUGAAGCUUUUUCAGACCGGAGGUCAUGUUCCCCACACCAAUUACAUUUUUAUGGGGGACUUUGUGGAUAGAGGUUACAACAGCCUUGAAGUCUUCACUAUUCUUCUGCUUCUUAAAGCUAGACAUCCAGCCAAUAUUACACUUCUGCGUGGAAAUCAUGAAAGUAGGCAGCUAACGCAGGUAUAUGGUUUCUAUGACGAGUGCCAAAGGAAGUAUGGUAACGCUAAUGCGUGGCGAUAUUGCACAGAUGUUUUUGACUAUCUUACCCUAUCAGCUAUUAUAGAUGGCACAGUUCUAUGUGUUCAUGGUGGCCUUUCCCCGGAUGUCCGGACAAUUGAUCAGAUAAGACUGGUGGAUAGAAAUUGUGAAAUUCCCCAUGAAGGGCCCUUUUGCGAUCUUAUGUGGAGCGAUCCCGAAGAUAUUGAAACAUGGGCUGUUAGUCCACGUGGAGCUGGCUGGCUUUUCGGAUCCAGGGUUACUACUGAGUUCAAUCACAUCAACAAACUUGAUCUAGUGUGCCGUGCUCACCAACUGGUACAAGAAGGUCUUAAGUACAUGUUCCAAGAUAAAGGCCUUGUAACUGUGUGGUCUGCACCUAAUUACUGCUACCGCUGUGGCAAUGUCGCUUCUAUAUUGAGUUUCGAUGAAAACAUGGAAAGGGAUGUGAAGUACUUCAACGAGACAGAAGAGAACAAUCAAAUGAGAGGGCCAAGGACUGGAGUUCCGUAUUUUCUGUGAUGAAACGACGAUUAUAGUUUGACGUGAUGAUGGUGAUGAGGAAGCGAUUGCUAUCAUUGGCAAUAUGGUCAGGUCUCAAAAAGGUUAUUAUGUAGAUAUAAUAUUUAUCUACUUAUGGGUUUCACUUACUGUACUUGCAUUAUUUUUGUCCCUCUAGGUAAACAUUUUCUUUGUGAAAUUCAACAAUUCAAGACUUCAUAGUUUUAAGUUACUUUUUUCUUUUUGUUUUCCCCGAUUGUUUCUUCUGUAUUGUUUACUUACACUGUUUCCUCCUUGUUUAGUUGUUGUUGUUGUGAAGAUGACAUUACUUCUAAAAAUAGUUAAGAAUC